AUGAGAGAAAUUGUACAAAUCGAAAACUCAUCUUCGACUCAACAACAACAACAACUUUCGUUAAAUGAAAAAGUUUAUGAAUGGCAUAUUGGCAAUUUUCUACUACAAAGCAAAAUUUCUAAGUUAUUAAAUUCACGAUUGACUUGUAUUUGUGUAUUUCUCUUCGUCACCAUGUCGAUGACUGCUGGUAUUAUAAUUGUUAAUUUAACUACAGCAAGAAAUCAAGGACAAGUAUGUAUACCUACUUAUAAACCAUUAUUCAACCAAAAAAUUCAAUACAAUCCUUACACGCGAUCAACAGCAAUCGGUGAUUUCAAUAGAGAUAAUCAUUUAGAUCUGGUUGUAGCAAAUUAUGGCUCAGAUAAUAUUGGUUUAAGAUUCGGAAAUAGUGAUGGAACUUUCGGGAAUCAAAUAACAUAUUCUACAGGUGCAUCAUCUCGUCCUUAUUUCGUUAUUGUCAAUGAUUUUAAUAAUGAUACAUUACUCGACAUUGCUGUCGCUAAUUAUGGAACUAAUUGCUUAGGGAUAUUUUUCAGUAACGGAAAUGGUUCAUUUCAAAAUCAAAUCACAUUCUCAACUGGUAAUUCUCGACCAAUUUAUAUUGCUAUUGGUGAUUUUAAUCAGGACAAAAUACCAGAUGUUGUAAUAGCCAACUACGGAAGUGAUAGUAUAUCAGUAAUGCUUGGAGUAAAUGAUGAGAUUUUUACAUCUUCAAUAAUUUACUCCACUGGUUAUGAUUCUGAUCCGCGAUCAAUUGCAGUUGCCGAUUUGAAUAACGAUAAUAUUCAAGAUAUUGUGGUUGCUAACUUUGGUACAAAUAAUAUUGGUAUAUUCUAUGGAUAUGAAAAUGGUAGUUUUGAAACACAACAAUUAUUGUCAACGGGAUAUGGUUCUCAACCAUAUUCAAUCACUGUUGCCGAAAUUAACAAAGACAAUCAAUCAGAUAUUCUUGUUGCAAAUACUGGACUUAAUAAUCUGGGUAUUUUCUUAGGAUAUGGUAAUGGAACAUUCGGGAGUCAAAUGACUUUAUUCACUGGUAAUGGUUCUAGUCCGCACCACGUCGUAAUUACAUACUUCAAUAAUGAUCAAUUUGAAGAUAUUCUAGUAGCAAAUUCAGGUACUGACACUGUUGGUAUAUGGACAGGAAUUGGCAAUGGUUCAUUUAAUAGUAUGAGAACCUUUUCGACUGGCUAUGGUUCUCAUCCACAGUGUAUUAGCAUUGGAGAUUUUAAUCACGAUAAUCGAACAGAUAUUAUUGUAGCAAAUAAUAAUUCUGAUAGUGUGGGUAUUCUCUUGAAUCAUCCAAGUAUAAACUUACAAGCCCAAAUUAAUUAUUGGCUUAUUAGUGGAUCCGCACCGGUGGCUGUGAUUGUUGGUGAUUUUAACAAUGAUAAUCAUUUGGAUAUUGUUGUCGUUAAUAAUUGGGCUGAUAACGUCAAUAUAUUUUUGGGAUUUGGUAAUGGAACCCUUGCAUCUUCCAUAUCCCAGUCAACAACUCCGUCUUCUUCACCAUAUGCACUAGCCGCUGGUGAUCUUAACAAUGAUACAUAUCUUGAUAUUGUAGUUGCUAAUCAAAAAUCGAAUAGCAUUGGGGUUCUUUUAGGAUAUGGGAAUGGGUCACUUGAAUAUCCCGUAAUCUAUUCAACUGGUUCUGGGUCUUCUCCAAUUUCAGUGGCUGUUAGUGAUUUAAAUAAUGAUAAAUGCCUUGAUAUUGUUGUUGCCAAUUCUAAUGGUAAUAAUGUCGGUGUGUUUUUGGGAUUUUGUAAUGGAUCAUUUGGAUCUCAAACAACCUUUUCAACUGGUGAUUCAUCUACACCUUAUUCGAUAGCUAUUGGUAAUUUUAAUAAUGAUAAAUACCUUGAUAUUGUUGUCGCUAAUUAUAAUGGUCAAACAGUUGGUAUUUUUUUUGGAGAUGGCACUGGAACAUUUGCAACACAAAUUACUUAUUCAGUUGGAGAACUAUCAUAUCCAUCAUUUGUUUAUGCUGCUAAUUUGAAUAAUGACUCUCUUUUAGAUAUUAUAGUUACCAAACAGUCGAGAGAUAGAAUAGGAUUUUUUAUAGCAGUUGGAAAUGGAUCAUUCGCAAGUUUGGAUAAUUAUUAUACUGGUCUUCAAUCUCUACCUGAUGUCAUCUGUGCUGGCGACUUGAAUAAUGAUAAAUCAUUGGAUGUUAUCAUUGGUGAUAGCAACACAAAUUAUUUAAGUAUAUUUUCAAACCUCGGUAAUGGAACAUUUACUAGUUUGAUUCAGCAACCAGUUCAAGUCACUCCAAGCCGAACUUUUGUUGCCGUUGGUGAUCUUAAUGACGAUAAUCAACUGGAUGUCAUUUUUUCAAAUUUUUAUGGAAAUUUUAUUGGAAUUCUUUUUGGAUAUGAUGCUGGUACAUUGAGUAGUGUGAAUGAAUACUCAACUUCUAAUGCUACGCUUCCAUCAUCAUUGACUAUUGCCGAUUUCAAUCAAGAUAAAAGACUCGAUGUAGGAGUAUCUAAUUCUGAUAGUAAUAAUUUCGAUAUAUUUUUUGGCAAUGCAAACAGUACAUUUACAACUAAAUAUACUAUUUCUACUAACGUUAAUUCUCAUCCAUGGAUGAUAAAUUCUGGAAAUUUAAAUAAUGACAAUAUACCAGAUAUUGUAAUUGCUAAUACUGGCAAUGACAAUAUUGGUAUAUUUUUUGGAUAUGGAAAUGGAAGUUUUCGAGAUAUGGAGACGUUGUCUACCGGUACUAAAUCACAACCAUAUGCUAUAGCUAUCGGUGACUUUAACCAUGACAAUCGAUCAGAUUUUGCUGUCGCUAACUUUGGUAGUAAUAGUAUGGGUAUAUUUCUUGCAUAUGAUAUUGGUGUUAUGACGAUAACAAAUCCGUUAACCAUUUAUUCGUCUUCGACUCAACAAAAUAUAGCAUAUCUUGCAGUCGGUGAUUUUAAUCAUGACAAUUUAGCUGAUAUUGUAUUUGUCGCAAGUCUAGAUAAUACUAUUGGUAUAUUUCUUGCAUCUAAUAAUGGAACAUUCAUAGGUCCAACAAUUUAUUCAGUUGGUCCUGAUUCUAAACCAACAUUUAUAGCUGUUGCUGAUUUCAACAAUGACACUAAUUUAGAUCUUGUUGUUGCUAAUAGGAAUGCAGAUAAUAUUGGUAUUCUUUUAGGUAAUGGAAAUGGUACAUUUGCAGAUAUGGUGACAUACUCAACUGAUUCGACACCCGUGUCUGUCGCAUUUGGUGAUUUUAAUAAUGAUACUUACUUGGAUAUUGUUGUUGCUAAUCAGGAUGACGACGACAUCAAUAUAUUGAUAAAUAAUAGUGAUGGAACAUUUACAGAUGGAGAUACAUAUUACGGCGAUUCAGACUCUGCACCAGCGUCAGUAGUUGUUGAUGAUGUUAAUAAUGAUGGCUACUUAGACAUUAUUGUUGCUAAUAAUGGCACUAACACGAUUGGUAUAUUUCUAGGCUCUGGUGAUGGAGAAUUUGCAGAUGAAGUAACGUAUUCAACUUUUCCUGGAACUUCACCCUAUUUUUUGGCUACUGGUGACUUUAAUAAUGAUAAACAACAAGAUAUUGUAGUUCUUAAUCAAGGCAAUGGUAUUGUUUUGGUUUAUUUAGGAAGUGGCAAUGAAACAUUUACAGAUCCAGUUGUUCUUAGUACUGGUUCUUUAUCUCAACCUGUAUCACUAACUGUGGCUGAUCUAAAUUCUGACGGUUCAUUGGAUAUUGCAGUUGCCUGCAGUUAUGUUAACGUUAUUACUGUUUUUAUUGGUUAUGGAAACGGCGGUUUUUCUACCGAUUUGACAUAUGGUCUUACUCAAUUUUAUAAUCCGCAACAAGUUCUUGCCGCUGAUUUUAAUGGAGAUCAUCGGUUAGAUUGUGUUGUUUUCGAUUAUUUUCGAAUUUACGUAUUUCUUGGAUCACCUUUGGAAAGUUAUCUACCAAUAACAACUUAUGAUACUGGAAUUCAAUCAUCACCACGAUCUAUUAGUGUUGGUGAUCUUAAUAAUGAUAAUCUACCUGACGUUAUCGUUGCUAAUUCAGGCAGUGGAAAUAUUGGUGUAUUUUUUGGAGUAGAUUUUGGUAUAUUCACAAAUCAGACGACGUUUUCUUUGGGUAAUAAUUCGAAACCAUAUUCAGUUGCUCUUGGUAAUUUCGAUAACGAUACAAAUUUGGAUAUUGCUGUUGCCAAUUAUGCUAGUGGUAGUGUUGACAUAUUUUUAGGAGAUGGCAAAGGAAAUUUUACAUCUCCUAUGACAUAUUCAACUGGUUACAUAUCGGAUCCUUACUCACUCGCUCUAGGUGAUUUUAAUAAUGAUACUCAAUUGGAUAUUGUUGUCGCUAGUUUUAGUUCCAAUUAUAUUUCCAUUCUUUAUGGUGUGGGUAAUGGUACAUUCAUAAACAAUACAAUUAUACCUGUAGGUUACCAUGCAUAUCCAUCAUUUGUUGCAGUCGGUGAUAUAAACAAUGACUAUUUACUUGAUGUAGCUUACUCUAGUUAUGGCUAUGGAACUAUAGAUGUGCUUUCUGAAAUGUGCUAA